CGCGCGGUGGGCCAUCCGCGUUUCCGGCAAGCUCAGCGCUGGGUGACUGACAUUCCGUUCCAGGUCAACGCCGUUCGGCUCCUGCCAGGACAACCCAGCUACCACGAUGGACGUCGACCUCAUCAAACUCGUUAACCGUCUUCAGGACACAUUCAAUAACCUUGGCGGGGAGCUGGACAUGCCCCAACUGGUCGUCGUUGGCAGCCAGUCUUCGGGCAAAUCUAGUGUGCUAGAAAACAUUGUUGCACGAGACUUUCUUCCGCGUGGCCAAGGCAUCGUGACUCGCCGACCCCUCAUUCUCCAGCUAAUUCACACUCCCGUCCCGGAUCCGUCCGCCAGCCCAUCUGCAGAUGCCGAGUGGGCACAGUUCCUCCAUAUCGACAAACGGUUCACAGACUUUAACGAUGUACGCCGUGAAAUCGAACAGGAGACUUUCCGUGUUGCCGGACAGAACAAAGGCGUCAGUAAACUCCCGAUAUCGUUACGAAUAUACAGUCCGAACGUGUUGGACCUGACGUUGGUCGACUUGCCUGGUCUAACAAAGAUACCGGUGGGCGAUCAACCGAGCGAUAUUGAGCGCCAAAUUAGGAACCUGGUUUUGGACUACAUUUCAAAGCCUAACAGCGUUAUCCUCGCAGUAUCCCCUGCCAAUGUCGACCUGGCCAAUUCAGACGCACUCAAGCUCGCCCGUUCCGUAGAUCCUCAAGGACGCCGUACCAUUGGAGUUUUGACAAAGCUAGACCUCAUGGAUGCUGGGACAAAUGCGCUUGACAUACUCACGGGACGCGUCUAUCCUCUGAAAUUAGGUUUCAUCGGCGUGGUGAAUCGUAGUCAACAGGACAUCAUAACCGACAAGAGUAUGAAAGACGCGUUAGAGGCAGAAGCAGAAUUUUUCAAAAACCACUUGGCAUACCGGAAUAUUGCGCAUAAGAAUGGCACCAAAUAUCUAGCGAGGGCGCUGAAUCAGGUCUUGAUGAGCCACAUACGCGAUAAAUUGCCUGAUAUGAAAGCUCGACUCAAUACCUUGAUGGGCCAAGCACAACAGGAACUGAACUCCUUUGGUGAUGCCGCGGCAUUCGGGGACAAGAAUCAGCAAGGAGCUCUUAUUCUUCGGCUCAUGAACCAAUUUGCUCAGGAUUUUAUCUCAUCCAUCGAAGGUACCAAGGUGGAUAUGUCGACCAAAGAAUUGUCAGGUGGUGCAAGGAUAUAUUAUAUAUUCAAUGACGUCUUUGGCCAUGCUCUGGCAUCCAUCGACUCCACUGCAAACUUGGAUAACCAAGACAUUCGAACGGCUAUCCGCAAUUCCACCGGUCCGCGCCCAAGUUUGUUUGUUCCCGAAGCCGCCUUCGACUUGCUGGUCAAGCCACAGAUAAAACUUCUGGAAGCUCCAAGUCUUCGUUGCGUCGAGCUAGUAUACGAGGAGUUGGUCAAAAUAUGCCAUAAUUGCACAAGCAUGGAAUUGGAACGCUUCCCCCAUUUACACGCCCAACUCAUAGAAUGUGUCUCAGAGCUUCUGCGGGAACGCCUCGGACCAACGUCGGACUAUGCGCAAAGUCUUAUUGAGAUUCAAGCUGCGUACAUCAACACAAACCAUCCGACAUUCAUUGCGGGAUCUGCUGCUGCUGCUGCGCAAACCGCAACGGCACCUUCACCAAAACCAACGCCACCCUCACGCGCUGUAAGCUCCGACCCGAUGCCUGGCGGCCCAACACGUGGAGAUGGUGACGAUUCAUCCAGCGAAGAGCCAGUAGCUGUGAAUGGCGUUCCAACGCGAGAUGGUCGUUCCGUGUCGGCAACGCUUCACGAUCGCUCCCGCCCAACAGCAUCUGCUAUCUCCGCUGCUAGCACUUCGGGGAAAACAAAACACCCUCGGCAUUCGUCCGUUCUGCCGCCAUCAUCGCACUCACACGCACCUGCUGUGCCGGGAACGUCGCCCAACUCUACACGGGAGACCUUCCUGAAUUAUUUCUUCGGUCAGAACGGCCCCGGUCCCCUUGCAGGUUCGAGCGUGGAACGGUCUCAUGCAGGUUCUGUACCACUUACCACUGGCCGUGAUGUAUCCGGAGCAGAUGUACCGGGUCCUACUGGGAUAUUGGCGCCUAAACGAUCACUAGAUGGAAAUAAUGCGGCGUUUGACAUGAAAAGCCUGGGUAAACAUAUUGAAGCUGUCUCGUCAGCCGGUGACAGUGGCUCUCAAUUAACGCAACGCGAAGAGAUGGAGACGGCCCUUAUUCGGUCAUUGAUCGCUUCGUACUUUUCGAUCGUCAGACAAAGUAUACAGGACCUCAUUCCGAAAGCGAUUAUGCAUCUUUUGGUCAAUUAUUCAUCCAAGCACGUGCAAAAUCGGCUAGUAGCAACGCUCUACAAACCCGAAUUGUUUUCGGAGUUAUUGGAUGAAGAUGAAGCAUUAGUAGCGGAACGGACACGGGUGAAGGCGUUGUUGGAUGCCUACAAGGAGGCUUUCAAGACACUUUCUGAAGUGAACCUCAAGACAGUUUAGACUACUUUUUUACCCUGACGUUUUGCAUGCUGUCUAUGGCACUACGACUUUAUUGUAGUAUUCUUUUAUUGAUCACUGGAGAUAUAGUUGUGACC